AAAAAAAAAAAACACAUUUCAGUCAUUACAACAUCUGAGGAAAGGUGUUUGAUGCUUAACUCUGCCCGUCAGCCUCUCUGUUCAGCCGCUUGAAGAGGCGCUUCCUUAGCUGGCAGCACAGGGCCUUAAAGCUGUGGAAAUCAAUGGAUCAUGGUGGUCAGUUUGAGAGGGACAGCAGAACUAUGUCACGGGUUUCUCCGGACGGGUUUGACCUCUGUGAUAACGUAGCCAUCUCUGAAGCUCUCACUGCCCAAACACAAAACCUCAACGAGACUCAAAGUCUCCCUCUUUCACAAAACGAUGAAGAAGAAAUGCUUGGCCUCGGUCGGAAAGCUUCUCUAAACGACAACGUGAGAGACGAGCAAGAGGAGGUCAAGAGAAAGGAGGAAUGCACAGAAAGGAGGAGGGAUGAGGAUGAGGAGGAAGACACUGAUGAAGUGAUGAAGGAAGAAGAGGAAGAAUCUGAGGCGUCAAGUUCUCUAAUUUGCUGCCAGUCUCCAGAUGUUCUCAUGACUGAUUCUUCAUAUUCAGAAACUGGCAGUUUGUUGGAGACUCCGUAUCCUUUCAGCCCCGGGACCAGUCCAGAGCCCACUUCUCCUAUCGUUCCAGUCGUGGGUUCGGACACUUCACAACUCACCAGUUUGUUGGAACGAAACCAGAGUGAUGCUGGAUUAACUGGGUCGAUGAUCUGCACACACGGGGCUACUUUUAGCUCAGGGACAGCAGAUUUUCCUCCACAGACGAUGACCCCUGAUGGACCUGAUGGAGAAGCUUCUGACAGGACGAUUGAAGUCUUCUCUGCAGAACAAGUUACCUCAUCCACAGAGCCUGUUAGUCCUUGUGGGUCUGCCAGCUCAGAUACAGGACCAAUCAGCUCAGUGACAUUUGUGUUAAAUGAACUGACACGAACUGAUGCUUCCACCCCUGCCAGUGCAACAACAAAAAACCCCUUCACCUUCACCACAGGGCCUCAAACAACGGAUCCAGAAUCCACUUCCAUCGCAUCACAUUUGUCCUCAAAUCAAGAACAAAAUACCUCCGCUCCAGUGACCACUUCUUCUUCGUUCUCCACUUGCUCAAGAGGUUCUGUUUUAAGUCCCGCUCUGCUGAAGUCUCUGGAACAGCUGGCACAGAGCGACGACGAUACCCACCUUCCACAGUACUUUCAUCAGAUUGCUGAGGACUGCGUCCUUCAGAAAGACUUCCAGCGUGCAAUAUGGUUCAUCCAGCUGGAGAGACUCUACCACGAGAGAGUGCUGGACAACCUGAACACACUUCAGGAGCAGUGGGAGAGUCACUGUGAAGGGACAUCUUCUGAUCUGCCAUCCCAACAUCUGGACACUCUGAAACACAUUUGCCGAACACACACUCGACCGAGGACGAGACAUGCAGAGGGUGCGGUUCUGGAUGUUUUGAGACCUAAAUCUGAAGCAGGGGAUUUACAGCCUUCAUGUACCUCAACCCCUCAGGUUGAAGGAGGGAUGGAGCAGAGAGCUGAAGACUCCUCUUCUUCUGUCAGACCCUCCAGUAAUUUUCUUGAAAAGCUCAACCCCCCUGAAAAAGACAGGGAAGACCCCAGUGAAGAAUUAGAGGGGAGGGGCAUUCUCCAUGAAUCUAAGCUGAUGGAAAAACAAUCCCAUGGCUCGGAGGUGAAAGGAGGGGCAGAAUGCACCAUUUCCACUAUGGGAAACGGGCUGCACCCCUCUUCAGCUGCAGACAUGGAUCGGUCCAGCUCUGCAGAGCAGCAGGGAGAAGAUUUAGGUCCUGCACAGGAAAGGGAGGCAAAGAGGGAAGAAGUAGAGAGAGACACAGAGGAGGCAAAGGAGGCUUUGGCCAUGGAAGACGAGGGAGCGGACGAUGAAGAGGAGGAGGUGGAAGAAGUCUCAGUGGAGACUCUGAACAGUGGGGCAGAGUUGGAGGAAGAGCAGCUGCAGACAGAUGGUUUAAUUCAGGAGAAACUACAUGAUGAGAGCCAGCAGUGCCCAAACACCCAGCAGCAGAGCUCUACACCCUGGCUGUACGAAGAGACACUCCCUCCUGAAGAGGCUCACUGGUGGCAGCAGGAGCAGUGUGCACAGAAGAAAGAAGAGGAGGAGGCGGACUACGAAGCUGACCUCAUCAGAGAAGCUCCUUCACUCGACCACAUGGCAAGACUCAUCACAAUUGAGGAGAUCUCCCCUUCCUCUGGUCUAGUUUCCAUCCUGAAGAAGCAGAGUGUUUAUGGGGAAAUUGUGAGUCCAGUGCCUAAACCUGAAAAACCCACUGCCAAAAGACGCGUGCGCUUCAGAGUUCCUGAUGACAACUACGAUCAUGAUGUUGGCAGUGGAGAUUCCUGUCUGCUUCUCUUCCUUCUUUGUCUGGUUACUGUAGUGAUCAGUAUCGGUGGCACGGCUCUUUACUGUGCUUUUGGUGACGCCCAGUCCUCGGUCUGUCAGGACUUCUUUAGAAACGCAGACUUCUACAUGGACCAGAUACACCGCAGGAUCUCUCAGCUCCAGCUCUGGUUUGCUCCCGGCUCGUAGCAGAAACCAUCUGUCUUCAUUUUGGAGCCACUGACAGGUGGAGACCUGCAGCUCCUGCUUCAUUCUGACUAUGGAGGUAAUGUUAUCUCAUAGACACUGAAGAGCCUGGUGCCAUUUGUAGGAAAUGGCUGCUAAUGGCUGGACUUCUAGUUCAGAUGCAUUUGGCACUUUAGGCUCACUGAACUUUUAAUACCCUGUAAAUACAAUUCCAGGGUACUUAUGAAGUUGUAAAACAGAUGUUCCAUAAUAAUAGUUGGAAGGAAUUUCAGCUCGCACAGACUUAAAGAUUAAGACCCAAUUAAAUUUUCCUAUGAAUAAAAUAAUCUGACAUUGAC